AAAUAUGUCAAGGUUCAUCCAUACCACCUAUACCCCUCUGGCGUCGCUUGGUUUAUUCUGCGGCACAUUUCCCGUUUUCGCACGACUUCAACUAUAGCCUCAAGCAGAGGGAAAAGAAGAUCCCCACAUCGUUCACGGUUUAGCACUUCGCAAAAUUAAGUCAAUUAAAGACGACAGUUGUAUACCUAUAUAUGAUACCACGUCACGACAUUUAGUAUGAAAGAAUCUCUGCUUUGGACCCUUGCUGGACUCAUUCCUCUUGGCGCGGGGCAGAGUGAAGAAGCGUGGAUCACGCUGAAUGCCAGCACCGGUGGACGUCUUCACGCAGACAGACCUUUUGCUUUGCCGUGUUACUCGAUUUAUAAUGGCAAUUCAGUUGCAGUUGAUGAAGUAACAUGCUCCAUUGUUCGAAAUAAUUAUACCAUUAAUUCGAUUCGCGCAGAGUUCCCCAGCGGGUACCUGAAUCUUCAGGGGGAGUUAUGUUUAGGAAAUCCCUUAGACGAAUGUACUCUCAAUAAUUCAGUAAUCCCAGCUGCAGAACCCGCCCCGGGGUCUUCGUGUAAUCAGGGGAGCGUUCCAUCAUACUAUAUCGAGGUCGAAGAGAUUUCGGACAUCAGCGCAGCUCUAAAUUUCACCCGGGAAUACGGCGUACCCUUAGUAAUCAAGAACAGCGGUCAUGACUACAUGACUAGGAAUAGUCAGAAAGGAGCACUUGCUCUCUGGGUGCAUAAGCUGCAAAGCCUUGUUUUCCAUGAGGACUAUGUACUAGAAGGAUGCGCAGCAAAUCUAAGCGUCGCCCGUGUUGUCACAACAGGCACUGGGGCCAGCGCAGGUGAUAUUCAAAAUUUCGCACAUGAACACGGAAGUACAUUUAUCAGCGGUUACUCACCCACAAUUGCGGCAUCCGGAGGAUGGGUCCUCGGUGGUGGGCAUAGUGUGUUAUCACCUGUGUAUGGUCUCGGAGUCGACCGUGUGGUCGAAUUCAAGGUUGUUACCCCUGACGGUAUUGUCCGAGUUGCCAACAAAUGCCAGCACGAAGAUCUAUUUUGGGCUCUACGGGGAGGGGGCGGCGGCACGUUCGGUGUUGUAGUAGAAGCUUCACACCGUCUGGAGCCCCUGAUGCCUGUUGCGGUCGCCAAUAUCCAACUUUCCACAAAUGGAACCGCCGAUACGUCAUUAAAAUGGAUCGAGUUGAUGUCGCGGCAGUCCUUAGCUUGGGGUAAGCAGGGCUGGGGAAGUCAUGCGGCGGGGCUGUAUCUGACCUAUAUGAAUCCAUUGCCGGCUAUCGCCAACUUGACGGACGGGGCUGCUGCUGCUAAGGACUCAAUGAGCCUUGCCACGGAAUUUGCACUCGCUAUUGGAGGGACCAGUGACAUAGAGGUUCUCCCAAGCUUUCUUGAUGUAUGGAACAAAUACGUCCUUCCAGGGGCGUUAGCAACGGCAGGAGUAACUCGCAUACUGGCAACAAGAAUAAUACCGCGGAAAUUCUUUGAAGAUGAAGUCGGAAUAACCAAAUUGAUGGCCUUCAUGGAAGCCGCUCAGGAAUUAGGUUUUGAUCCGCGGAAUUUUUACUGUCCAGUGGGUACUCCAUUUGUCGUUAACGGCUCGAUGAACUUGAAGGCUGGGAACGGAACUAGGCCUGCAACCUCUGUUCACCCAGCGUGGUAUGAUUCUCUUUGGGAUGUUUCGACUUCUCUGACAAUACCAUGGGGCGCAUCAUAUGAUCAGCGCCUGCAAAAUAUGACGGCAAUCACAAGGGCGACGCUCCUUGCGGAAGAACUAACUGGCACUGAAGGAGGAACAUACACUAACGAAGCAAACCCUUUUACACCCAAUUGGCGUGAAUCAUGGUGGGGCGAUAAUUACGCAGGUUUGCUUGAGGUCAAGAAGAAGUAUGACCCUGAAGGUCUUUUCAAGUGUUGGAAGUGUGUUGGCUUCGAAGACGAAGAUAUAUCUAGUGAGAGGUUUAGUUGUCAGGGAAAACUACAGCUGGAUGUUAAUCGAAAUUUGGCGAAUACUACCUAGAUACCGGAAUUCAUAGAUACCUGUCAACUUGUCCUUCAGAUUGGGAUUCACCAUUAGGUAGAUAUUUGUCUAAUCUAAUAUUCCCAAAGAAUUAAGGAUGGUUCCAGAUGCCAAGCCCCAUCAACUUCAAUCCCCGAUGCU